ACGGGCCUAACUAUCAUUCCCCGCACAAGUGCCAGGUUUUAAUCUUUGUCUAUCCGUUCCCUAACCUUUCCCCCAAAUCCAUAACGAAGAAUAAAACCCUAAUUCCAAAAUUCCCCCAAAUUUUACUAGAAUGGAUCAAUACGAAGAGCAAGAGCACGAGGUGUACGGAGGGGAGAUACCUGACGAGGAAGGAGAGAUGGAUGCGGAGUUCGAUAUGACUGCUGGAGCUGAGGAUUACCAAGGCAACGACCAAGGCCUUCAACAAGAUCCUAGUUCCUCCAAAGACUUGGAAGACAUGAAAAAGAGGCUUAGGGAAAUCGAGGAAGAGGCGGGAGCUUUACGUGAAAUGCAGGCUAAAGUCGAGAAGGAGAUGGGCGCUGUCCAAGAUUCCUCAAGUGCUUCUGCAAGUCAAGCUGAAAAGGAGGAAGUGGAUUCCCGCUCGAUUUAUGUUGGUAAUGUAGACUAUGCAUGUACACCUGAGGAAGUACAACAGCAUUUUCAAUCCUGUGGAACAGUGAACAGAGUUACAAUUUUGACCGAUAAGUUUGGUCAACCUAAAGGAUUUGCUUACGUUGAAUUUGUUGAAGUUGAUGCUGUCCAAAAUGCUCUACUGUUAAAUGAAUCAGAAUUGCAUGGUCGCCAGUUGAAGGUCUCGGCUAAGCGAACAAAUAUUCCUGGAAUGAAACAAUAUCGAGGAAGGCCUUCCAAUCCUUACUUCCGCUCCCGAAGGCCUUUCAUGCCUGCUUUUUAUCCUCCCUAUGGCUAUGGGAGGGUUCCAAGGUUCAGGCGGCCCAUGAGAUACCGGCCGUAUUAAGAUGGAUCACACAUCAGACUCAGAAGCAGCAAUUUUGGGAAGACCAUUGCUAAUUUUAUAAUGGUCACAUUGUUGUUCUAUAAUAUGGAAGGAGAAGGAUGAGGUACAGUUUGCUUGCCAAAGGGUGGGCACAAUUUUUCUCAAAUUGUGAGCUUGCAGAGUGUGAUGGAUCCAUUAAUCCGAGCUUGACUAUGUGCUUUGCUUCAACAGUGAUAAGUGCCAAGUUUUCUGAAAUAUAUCUAAGGAUUCCUUGUUGUAGAAAAUACGAUUUAAUUUUCUCAGUUUCCUGUUGCUUUAGUUUUCUAAAGAUUAGGAUUUAUAUGGGAUCAACUUUUAUUUUUGGGGUUUAAACUUUAAAGUGAUGACCAAACUGUUUAGGCAGACAGCUUCAGUUGGAAAAAAAAAACAUCAAUGGCAACGUGUCUGGUCACAAUGUGAUAUGUGUUUGUACUUUGGCUUCCACUUCCCAUUAAUGGUAAACUAGUCUUUUGGUUAA